GUGUGGUGAAUAGGUCUUAUAUAAGAUUACACGCGCGCCGCUCCGAUCAGUUGCGCCCAAGAAUACGACCUGUUAGCAGUGUGCACGUCUGUACGAAAAUAAAUCGUAAAUUAUUGAAUUCGUUCGCUAAUAAUGGUAUAUUGCAGCGUAAAAUGGUGUGGCAAGUCAUCUAAGACUUCCAAAUACAAAACGGAUGGAAUAACAUUCCACAGAUUUCCAAAAAAUCCUGCAAUUAAAUCAAAAUGGAUUGAUGCCACGUACCGUGGAGAGUUAUGGUUCCCAUGUAAUACUAGUGUCAUUUGCUCAAGGCACUUCACUGCAGAUAAUUUCCACCAAGUAACGAGCCAGCGGAGACGAUUAAUGAGUUCUGCAGUACCAACUCUAUAUUUACCGGUUUUGAUUGACGAUAUAACUCAGCAACAUAACAACUCGGCAGUAGCAGUUAAAAUACCGCUUAACAUUAUAUGUGUCUGUGAUAUCCAUGAUGAAGGCACAUCUAAAAAAGAGGAUCAUGGCUCUACUUUGCAGGAAUCAGUGUUGAUAAUAACAUCUCAACAGCAAAAUACUGUGUCAGAAACAGCUACCAGGAAGCGAAAACUAUCCCAAAUCCGGGACCCUGACACACCAUCUGCUUAUGAUACUACUGUCAACAAACAACUUUGUCGAAGAAUCAUGGAACUUAAGAGCAUCGUAAAUGAAAAAAAUGUUAAAUUGCGAAAGUUACGUGAUUCAAACAGGAGAUUAAAACGAGAGAUCAUUUCACUGAAAUUUCAUUUAGGAGAAAUAGAAGAAUUAGAAUAGAGAGAUCAUUUCACUGAAACAUUUUUUUAGGAGAAAAGAAUAAUCUAUUACCUUAGCUCUGGUAGUUGAGAGUAAAUUUAAUAUUUCUUUCAUAAUCGUUUUGUAGCACUAAAACCUACGGCUCGUUAUAGAGAAAUAUAAGUAAAGAAAAAGUCAGUCAUCAGUUUUCUUACCAAAACGCGAGAUAUUUCGUUGUCGCCAUCU